AAAAUAUCCUUCGUCCCUUCUUUAAUAGUGUGCCCGUUUGUACAAAUUACGUACAACGCAAUACCAGGUCCACUUCUUAUUUGUGUACCGGUCCGAAAUGUUCCCAGGUAGCUCGGAGAUAAACUGACCGCUGCCAAUUGGCUGAAGUACCCAAAAGCUUACAGGUCCCGUCCCGUGGUACGGCUCAAAUGAUGCAGUUGACCGACUUGGGGCCCAAUUCUUCAGGGUCUGACUGAUAAGCUACCUGCAUCACGAGGGCUGCUACACUGUACUUUAGGUACCUUACGUACCUACCUAUCUCCUUCUUACACCUUCUUACACCAUCGCAUCUUCUUACUCUACUUCCUUUUCGCAUCUCUUGGUAUGCCUAAGACAAACCUUUGUCCUUUGAAUUAAACUUGCUAGUGUAUUAUCUCCAUUGAGUCCCCGAAUUCUGUGAUUGACUCUUAUUACAAUUAGUUCCCUAGAGCUUCGCUUUCCAACCAGUCGUGCUCCCUCCAGUGCCCAUUUCCCAGCCUCUUCGCCGCCAGCCCCGACGUCGCUGAUACUUCAAUGCUAACUCCUUGUCAUCGACUGCUGUUCUAAAAUUUACCAUGGCGAAUUCCGAUCAGUCAAGAAGUACAACGCCACAGCCUGGAGCUUCUUCAGGCGUACAAAUAUCGUCGUCUCCAGCUUCUGGCCGCAUGUAUGGAACCUCGGUGCCUCGCGCUGAUGUGACCGCUCGUCUAGCCUCUCCCGUACCUUAUGCCUUUGGAACUUCGCCAUCCCAAAGAUCUCAGGGGGCCGCUCGGACUGAAGAAAAUGUUGAGAAUGUAGGGCCUCUUGCCGGUGCUGGCCAGAGUUCUACUGGCCCUGGCGUGUCUGCUCUUGCUGCAGCGCUUUCGCACUCCGUUGGGACAUCACCUCCAAGAUUUGGUACUCCACCGAUACGAUCCUCGUCGCCCGUGGGAACAGCCACGGGACCUCAACUACCGAUAACGCCAACGAACUAUGGCUCCUUCGAGACGCGGUCGAGAAACCUACAGGGCGGCGCUUCUGGCGCCUAUGAAGAUCCCGAGAUUAUCAAGCGGCAUUUGGUCCAACCUACCGAUACUGCGGAUUCUGCAUCCAACAAUGGUGAUAAUUCCAAAGGUAAACAGGUUGGCGAUUCCAUAGCGCCGGGACGCGAUGACGAUGAAUUCUCCAGCCUUAAGUUACAAGGAGGGGAUAUAACGCGUCAGAUCUAUAGAUGGUCUGAGGACGCAGAAGUCCGACAGCGGCAACAGCGUAGCAAGAGUUUUAGCCAUCCUAGAGAAGAGCCGGAGAGCGAAGUUCUUGAUAUCAAUACCAUCAAGAUUCCUGGCGGGUUUAGGCGAAACUAUCUGAGAAGAGCAGCGCGCAGCCCGCCUCUGGACUCUGAUGGACUAGAAGCCGGUGAGGGGACCUCGAGGGGUAGGCGAGAGCCUCAGUUACUCACUAGCAGUUUCUUGGAGUUCUUGUCUAUCUACGGUCACUUUGCAGGCGAAGAGCUAGAAGAGGACGAUGAGGUCUUGGGACCUGGCGAAUAUUUCUCUUCCGGGGAGAGCGACGAAUUCUAUGAUAGCGAGGAAGAUAGAGAGCCAAUGGAAGACAGUGCCCUCUUGACACCGUCCAAGCGCAAGAGGAGACGAAAGGUCCGUGGCGGUAGCGGGAAUAACACCCCUUUCAACGCUGCUUUGCUUCUCUUGAAAUCGUUCGUGGGCACGGGCGUUUUGUUCUUACCUCGUGCUUACUUCAACGGUGGUAUGCUCUUCAGUAACCUAGUCCUACUUUUUGUCGCAGCGUUGAGCUACUACUGCUUCGUGUUACUCGUCACUACGCGAUUAAAAGUCGAGGGGUCUUUUGGUGACAUCGGCGGAAUUCUAUACGGCGAUUGGAUGAGAAAAUUAAUCUUGUUUUCAAUCGUCAUCAGCCAAAUCGGAUUCGUCGCCGCGUACAUCGUGUUCACGGCCGAAAACUUACAAGCUUUCAUUCUAGCCGUCUCCGAUUGCAACACAAAUAUUAAAAUUACUUGGUUGAUUCUGAUGCAGAUGAUCAUCUUUUUGCCCUUCUCUCUAUUCCGAGACAUCGGGAAGCUUGGUUUUACAGCUCUAAUAGCAGACGCUUUUAUUGUUAUUGGCCUUGCAUACCUUUUCUACUAUGAUGUUCUUACCCUAAGCACUCACGGCAUCGCGGAUAUCAUCCAGUUUAAUCAGAAGGACUGGACACUCUUCAUUGGCACAGCUAUUUUCACCUUUGAAGGAAUUGGUUUGAUUAUCCCCAUUCAGGAGUCCAUGAGGUCGCCCUCAAAAUUCCCUAAAGUUAUGUUCUACGUCAUGAUCAUCAUUACAGUCCUCUUUAUCACCAUGGGUGCGGUGUCUUACGCCGCGUACGGGUCGAAAACGGAGACUGUCGUCCUUCUCAAUCUACCUCAGGACAACAAACUCGUCAACGGCGUUCAGUUCUUGUACUCGCUCGCUAUUCUUCUAUCGACACCUCUGCAGAUUUUCCCUGCCAUUCGUAUCACGGAAAACGCCCUCUUCACAAAAAGCGGCAAAUACAACCCCUACAUCAAGUGGCAGAAGAACAUGUUCCGUUUCUUGGUAGUCUUCCUCUGUGCGUUCAUCGCGUGGGGAGGUGCAGACGAUCUGGACAAGUUUGUUGCCCUUGUCGGGAACUUUGCCUGCAUCCCUCUCGUAUACAUCUACCCGCCAUUACUUCACUAUAAGGGUGUGGCAACAACCAAGGCGCGCAAGGUUACCGAUAUCCUUCUUUGCAUUUUCGGGUUCAUAGCCAUGGCAUAUACCACCAGUCUGACGGUGAUUAGCUGGGCUAGCGGUCCUUCCGGUCCGAGCCUACCAAAAUACUGCGACCCUCCUAAGGUAUAAUAUCAUAAUAGGAUGAUGAUUAUGAUAGUGGUAAAAAGGAAAGAUAGCUGUGUAUAUUAUUAUUACCUUUAUUUUUUGCAUUGGCAGCGUUGAGAGAUUGAUGCCACAGAAUUAGACGUUUUUGGCCAUCGCAAGAGAUUUCGUUUUUUGAGACAAAAUUAUAUCUAAUAGAAUCUGCACGUUUCUUUAGCAUACAUGUAUGUUAGGUACUUAAUGUGAGUAUUUCUAAGGGGAUGGGAUCUCUUCGUUUCGGGCACGGAUACAUGUAGGUUAGUUUGUUAUGCUUUCUGUGCGUAGUGUUUAGAUUUGAAAAUAAUACCUAGGUAGAUGCCGACAUAAUAUUUAUACUGCUUCGCAUGGAGAAGAGAAAGCUGUAAAUGGGAUUAUGUUUGUUUUAUGAACUUAAAACGACCCUUGAAACUCGGUACGUCCUUCGUACAUAUACCGG